AUGGCAGGACUCACUGACGAUGCUGGCAAGACGUCUGGGAAUGUACCACGUCCACUGUCCGACUUUGGAAAUGAUGAUGCAUACAAUGGACUCCGGACAAGGUGA